ACGCUGAUUAUACAGGCAUUGAAAAGCCACCAUCUGUUACAAACAACGGGAGAUCUAUGAAAUUCAACCAAUUGGUAUCUUUCUUUGAUAAUAUAUCUACAGAGAAGGAUACUCUUAAGCGUAGUAGAAAGUUAGAAAAGCUAUUCGAUUAUCAUCGCAAACAAUUUGGCAAUGAUUUCUACAAUCUACUCAGAUUAAUGAUACCUGAACGCGAAAGGGAGAGGUCUAUGUUCGGUAUAAAAGAAGCUGUCUUAGCUAAGAUAUACGUAGAACUACUCGCCCUAUCUAAGGAUCAUAAAGACGGCCAUAGGUUACUCAGUUGGAAGGCACCCACUGCUGGUAACUUCGUUAGCGGUGAUUUUGCCAGUGUUCUUGUUGACGUCAUGAAGAACAGAGUCAGUUAUGAGCGCAAAUCUGAAUUCACGAUUGAUGAAGUCAAUGAUAAGCUUGAUCAGCUAUCCAGGGCGAAGAACUUCAUACAAAAGAAAGACAUUAUGAAGGAAUUUGCAAGAAAUUGUGACACGACUGAACAGUUCUGGCUGGUGAGAAUUCUUUUAAAGAAUCUCAAAAUAAGCAUUCGAGAACGCUCCAUAUUGUCGCAUUUUCAUCGUGACGCCUAUAGCUUGUUUGAAGUCACGACUGAUCUUCGCACCGUGGCUUAUAAACUAUAUGAUCCAUCCAUCAGAUUACAUGAUAAUGAUUCAAGUGUGCAGCUAUUUCAGGUCUUCCAACCAAUGUUAUGCAAGCGUAACGUUAUUCCUCAAAUCAUAAAGAAGAUGCCCAAAAGUGUACCUUUUGUAGUCGAGGAGAAGAUGGAUGGUGAACGCAUUCAGUUACACAAGAAAGGUACCAAAUACAAGUAUUGGAGCAGGAAUGCUAAAGACUACACAUACUUGUAUGGUGAAAACCCCAAAGAAGGCUCUUUUACACCACAUAUUCAUCACUCAUUCGACGAUCGUGUUGACGAGAUUGUUCUCGACGGUGAAAUGUUGGCAUAUUCGGCAGCAGUCGACACGAUACUACCAUUUGGUACACUCAAGAAAGCUGCAAAAGGCGAUAUUAAUAUACAUCCAGUUUUCAUAGUCUUCGACGUACUUUGGGUCAAUGGCAAAGACAUAUCUAAAUACCCCUUUAAGGAGCGCCAAAAGGUUGGAAAGACCGUAUUUAAUCCAAUUUCUACAAGAAUAGAACAUGUCUCCAGAUGGGAAGCCACCCAAGCUGAUGAAUUGAAGCAAUCACUCGAACGUAUCAUCAUAUCAAAGGGUGAAGGGCUAGUGGUUAAAUCACCACUAUCAUUGUAUGAAUAUGGCGGACGUUCAGACCAAUGGAUCAAGUUAAAACCAGACUAUUUUGAUGAAAUGUCAGAAACUGCUGAUCUUCUCGUUAUAGGAGGGAACUGGUCUGCGUCCAGGAAUGGUACGAUAUCAACUCUUUAUUGCGCAUUGGUCGAUGAUAGACAUGAAACAGAUGAACCAGACUUCCUUACCUUCACCCGUGUCGGUACGGGAUACACUGCGAUGGAUCUGGAACUAAUUAAUCAGCAUUUUCGCAAAAGUGAAACACGGAAAUAUACCCCUGCAUCUGUAUACCCUGGUAUCGAGAUUGGUAAUGAAACGCCAGACAUUAUUAUUGACCCUAAAGAUUCCUUCGUUGUCGAAAUCAAAGCUAGUGAUAUCAACCGAUCUGUAAAUUAUCCUUGUGGAUACACGUACAGAUUCCCUCGCUUUAAGCGUCUCAGAUUAGACAAAGGCAAUGGGCGCGAGAAUCCAGUUGAUCCUGACAAUAUGUUUAAGUAUAGUGAUAUGAUCGCUAUGAGAGAUGGCAUACAAUCGUCGCGUAGGAAGCAAACAGAAGAUAAAAUAAGGGAAAAAAAGCGAGCUCAGCCGACAAAGAAGAAAAAACAGGUCAUCAGUUCUCGUGCUGUUGCUAACGUGCGGGCCGAAAAAGACAACGUACGAAGCAACCUGUUUGAAGGCUGCGCUUUCCGUAUUCUCAAUGGCACAAAUGAUCUCGAAGUUUCAGAUCUCGCCGUCCUUGUCUCAGAAAGGAAAGGUAUGAUAUUAUCAAAGAUACCCAAUGAUGAGGAUUGCCCGGAACCACUACUGGUAGUCGCUGGGAAACCUACAGCUGUACAGGUUACACAGUUAAUGAAGACCCAAAAACGCUCUAUUCUAUCUGCUAAUUGGCUACUUGAUUGUGUUAAGCACAACUGUAUCAUACCUUUGGAAGGUAAAGAUGGGGAAUCCCAAUGGGUGUUCGAAUGUGCAACUGAUAGAGAUACAAUAUUGAACACUCUCCGACCCUUCUUUGUCACACCUGAAGGUAGAAAUCUUCCCGGAGUGUCUCAAGGUCAAAUAGAUGAAGACGCCGUUGGCGAAAUUAACGAGUUGAAAUUCGCGGAAGAGCCCACAUUACAUAGUGAGGCUGAUUCCGCGCAAGACAAGGACUUUGAUUCCGAUACUGCCACAGAAAAUGAGAGAAACGAAAGUGACAAUGAUAUUGAUAUAGAUGAUACGAUACAGGAAGAAGCGGCUGAAGAGAUGGCAAACACUAAGGCAGAUGUAUCGUCACCCUUGCAACAAACACAACCAGAGUAUAAACAGACGUCUACAACACGUACAGCGACGAGACGCAAAGCUAACAAAACGGACGAAUUUGAUUCGUCUGAUGAGAGUGAUGAUAACAAGUCAAUACCUACGGCAACCCAGAAACAAGCCUCUCCUGAGCAUGUGAAAGAAUCUCAAAAGAUAAGUACACCUAGUUUUAUAAAGCAAGAAGUCAAAGAAGAGAAUGUCGAUGAAAAUGCCACAUCACAUAAUGAAAAAAAUCUAGCAACCUCAAGUCCAACUACAAAGCGGCAAUUGCACGAAACGAGGGUGGUCUCGAAAGAUGAAAAGAGGCGGAGUCAUGAUAAUGCUUUUGACAGUGGUUCUGAUAGUGAUGCACAUCAUGAAGACGGACCUGUCAAGAAAGUCAAACACGAAGCUGAACCACAUGAAUUGAAAGGUCAGGAUGCAGAGGUCGAGUCUAUUAAACACUACGAAAAGUCAUCGCAAGAGCAGUCACAGGAUCUUGAUAAUACGCAUACCUCUGUUCCAAUUGAAGAAGUAUCAAUAGAGGGUAGCGACAAACCUGAGAACCCUCUUUUGAAUGUUGUUGUUUACAUUGAUGAUUACGAGAAUGCGAUUGAAAAUGAUCUAUUUCCAAGGCCAUCCAUAACGACUGAGAUAGACUGGUCGGUAGUUAAGGACCGGAUAACAAACCUCGGUGGUAAAAUUGGAGAAUUAGAUGAUGACAUGUUGACGCAUAUUGUGAUCGACUCAAGAGACAAGGCCCGAGUUGAGGAGUUGUUCGACAGGACUAAACAACCAAGAUACCGGAAACUAGUUAGUAUUGAUUGGGUUAAUAGCUGCUACGAGAAUAAGAGCUUUGUUGAUGAAUCAUUGUAUAAAAUAACGUUGUGAUUUUAUUUUAUUAAUAAGCGG